AUGGACUUUCUUCGUGUGGCCCUGCUGUGCACCUUUUUCUGCUUUGCGCAGGUUUGGUCAUUGCCAAUAAACUGCGUCCUUAGAAAGGAUUUAAUGAAGGGAUCCUAUACACUUUUAGAGACUGCGGGAGGCCUUUUCCCUAUGCAGUGCCUGGAGGAAAAGGUUGCCAUUCCUUUCCCGCAAAAUGCGUUCAAGUCUGAAAACACGGAUCAGGUUACUGGUGUAGAAAAAGCUGUUUACCAGACACUUGAGAAUAUUGACGCACUGUUUGAGAACUCCAGUGAUCCACACCAGUGGGAUGAAGAAAAGUGGAAUGAUUUUCGAGGCCUCGUAUACCGGCAGAUUGUGGAAAGCAAAUGCAUCAUGAACAAGUCUGAAGCGGCACAGGAUUUUCCCAGCAGAGAAGCUUCACUCAAGGUUUACUUCGAGACUAUAUCCUCAACUCUGAAAGAAAAGGAUUUCAGUUACUGCGCAUGGGAAAUUGUCAGAAAUGAGAUUCUCCACACCCUGAAGUUCAUACUGGACGAGACCAUCUUGGUGGACAGUGAUCACGGCAGCAUUAUUUACAACCCCAAGCUUUACGACUGCCCUGAGCCGCCAAACGCACUGUUGAUCGCUCUGGGCGUGUGCAUGUCUGUCCUCAUUAUUGGCAUUACUCUCCUUGUGAUCUGGAAGUUUCUUGUUUCUGUCCAUGACCGGAAAGAGGUUGCCAAGUUUGAGGCAGAGAAGGCGAAAGCAAAAUGGCAGUCGGGCCUGCCCUCACCAGUCCCGAGCCCGAAUAGUCAGGACUUUUUGGUCAAGGACCUCUUAGCCUGA